AAGCAAGGCGGAAGUCUACAGAGCAGGGGGAUUCCCCGAGGGAAGUUCCCAACUCAAACUGGGGCUAUGUAAAACAUACAGCGCCAUAUCCUCUCCGGCGCUUCGUAACUUUGCAUCUCAAGAUUAGGGCGACGAUGCUGCGGUGGUGUCAAAACAACAAAUACGAGUUUAAUAAUAAGGGACUCAAAUGAAGGUCUCAUGUCUGCAGUGACAGUGAUGACAAGGCAUGGAAAGGAACAUUGGAGACCAGCUCAACAAAGCUUUUGAAGCUUAUCGCCAGGUCUCCAUCGAAAAAGACAAUGCUCAAAAGGAAUUGAAGAAAAUGAAGGAACAUUAUGUGCAAUACACUCAAGAACUUAUAAAGCAAAUAGAAGACCAGCAGCGUUUGAUUUCUGAUCUCGAAGCUAAGUUGUCAGCGACAAGACAUCCCUCAGGAGAGAUGAAAUGUGAGCGCUGCAACCAUCUCCCCAAAGCGUCCAGCUCUUAUAGGAAGAUACAGUGCUCGGAGAAUAUGGCCACUGUUACUGGUGCUCCAAAUUUGACAGUCAACAACAGCACUGAUUAUCAGGACAUGCUGGUGGCUUUCGAAACAAUUCAGGGCAAAUUCCGACAGAUCCAGGACCUGACGGCGAAACAGAAACAUCAUCUGAAAAGGUUCAACGGAAGUUACGAUGCUUCAAACGACCAGCGCUUCUCCAUGCCGAUCCAGUGCACAGACCGAACUGCAGAAGCAGAGAGGCCUUUCCAUUCGACACAGAGGCCAGCCGUAAACAUCCCCCACCUGCCGGCAUCCUUGGCGUCCCGCGGCGCCAGUCAGGAGGACAGGGACUUGGUAGACUCUCUCACCAAACUCAGUGUCAAAUUCCCACCCCCUGCGGACAGUGAAUAUGACUUCCUGAACAGUGCUCCGGAGAGGAACAUUGCCCUGUCGGUGCCUCGAAAGCAGCCCCUCGGCUCCCCCACGCUGCCAGAGGAGGAGCCCGUGGAACUGCCCUUGCCUUUUGUCUACCCCACGUCCCCCUCCCACUCUACGUCCUCCUCACCCUCCCAUGAGAGUGUGCGGGGACCCCAGCAGUCCUUCUGGACCCCUGAACUGUUUGACCUCGGAGCCAACAAGGAGCCUCCGAGCAGCAGUCCGAUUAAAUGUGCUUUUUGCCCCGACAUAGUUCCCCAGAACCUCAUGACAAGCCACCUCUACUUGCACUUCUCGCCCAAUAAGGAAGCAGAGAAAUGACAAUGGACUGACUCCAGAGACUGACAGGCAAAGGUCCGCACUUACUUCAAGAACUUUUUACUGUUUUUAUGGUCUUCACAGGCGUGGUCCUGCUUGACACGAAGUCCAAGGCGCUGUACAGGAAAAAUUACACUGCUAAAAGACUUGAAUCCAUUUAUUUAAUACUGAAGAAUUUAAUGGUACACUUUCUUGUCCAUAAUGAUUUUCUAAUAUCACACUGAGAAUUUACAGGGAUGCAUAUGGUAUAUAUGAGCAAAUAAACUAUAUAUUUACUCUU